CCGUCAUAAGAACCCCCUAAUUUCCCAAAACGAAGCGAAAACGAAAACGAACUUCCGGAGAGAGAGAGAGAGAGAGAAAGAGAUGGGUAGCACGAUUCUUUCGCUUGCAUCCCAUCCGCAACCCUCUUGCUGCUGUCGGCGACGCCGCCUCCGCCCACCAAACCACUGGGGCGAUGUCGCGCGGAUCAGCGUCGCGCCGUCCUUCUUCUGGAGCUCCAUCACCUCUCCGAAGCCUUCCAGCAGGCAUCGCCUCAUCUGCACCGCCCUCCUCCAAGACGAUGCCCCGCAAGGGGGGCAGCAGCAGAAACAGCAACAGCAGCAGCAGGAUCCGCCCACGCAGCUCCCCGCUGGCGUCGGCGCCGCGGUCGAAGAAAGGCCCGUUACUGCUUUUGGUGCAGCUGAAAACAUGAGUAAAGAUCCAUUGCAGAGUAUGAAGCAGGAUGGUGAGCAAAACUCUGUUUAUAACUUUCUCUAUCCCAGCAAAGAGCUUCUUCCAGAUGAUAAAGAAAUGAGCAUAUUUGAUCAUUUAGAAGAGCUUCGCGAGAGAAUUUUUGUCUCAGUUUUGGCUUUGGGAGCUGCUAUGUUAGGCUGCUUUGUUUUUUCUAAGGAUUUGAUCAUAUACCUUGAAGAGCCUGUUAGUUCACAAGGAGUUCGCUUUCUGCAGUUAUCACCUGGAGAAUUUUUCUUUACCACUCUAAAGGUAUCUGGUUACUGUGGUCUUCUUCUGGGGAGUCCUGUCAUUCUUUAUGAGAUCAUAGCUUUUGUUCUUCCUGGUCUAACAAAGGAUGAGAGGAAGUUCCUAGGACCCAUUGUCUUGGGUUCCUCUGUCCUUUUCUAUGCUGGCAUUGCAUUCUCCUAUGCUGUUCUAACUCCUGCAGCCUUGAAUUUCUUCGUGAACUAUGCGGAAGGUGCCGUGGAGUCGUUGUGGUCCAUCGAUCAAUACUUUGAGUUUGUUCUCGUUCUUAUGUUCAGCACAGGACUGUCUUUUCAGGUUCCUGUUAUCCAGCUUCUACUAGGGCAGGUUGGUCUGGUGUCCGGGGACCAAAUGUUAUCGAUCUGGAGAUACGUCGUGGUUGGUGCCGUUAUUGCAGCUGCCAUUCUUACCCCAUCUACCGAUCCCCUGACGCAGAUGCUACUGGCAGGGCCUCUGCUGGGUCUCUACUUGGGUGGUGCAUGGAUGGUCAAAUUAAUAGGUCGUUAAUCCAAUCAUCUUGUGCAUGUUUUAUCUUCACCAGGGAAAUUAUGUGUAUCAAAAUAUGAGGCACAUCUCCUUUACAUAUGACAUUACUGUUUACAUUCAGUGUAUAUUUCUUGUAGGCCA